AUGGGGCCAACCGGAUUGCCUGGUCCUUCAGGCCCGAAGGGCAUGAGGGGCGAAGAGGGCAUCAUGGGACUCCCUGGCCUACCUGGAGACAUUGGUGAGCCUGGAGAACCCGGUAUGCUCCCAUUCCUACUAAAGGGCGGAAAAGGACACCCAGGACGAGCGGGGCCAAAGGGCUACCCCGGUUCUUUCGGGCUGUUUGGAGAAAAGGGCGUACAAGGUUAGCUGUUCGUAAUAUUUCCCCUCAUCAAGUGGUGGUGGUGGUGGUGGUGGUGGUGGUGGUGGUGGUGGUGGUGGUGGUGGUGGUGGUGGUGGUGGUGGUGGUGGUGGUGGUGGUGGUUGCCUUUAUCUGGUUCACAUCCACAUAUAUUGGUUUGGAUCAUCCUCGCGCUACACUUCUUGCUUGCCUGUUAAUGCCAACCAGGUCUCGUCGGUCUUCCUGGUGAAGAUGGCCUCCGAGGUCUCUGGGGUAUUGACGGAGACCCCGGGUUCCCUGGCAUUAGUGGACUUCCCGGACGGCCUGGUUUCUCGGGCCUCCCCGGACUCGUGGGUGAACCAGGUCAACCAGGUCUUCCUGGUUUUGCCGGCCCUCGCGGACCAAAGGGCGUCGUGGGUUUGAAGGGCAGAAAAGGGUUUUCUCCAGUCUGUCCCUCUGCUGACAAGGGCAUCAAGGGCGAGAGAGGGCCGUCUGGUAUCCCGGGACUUGAAGGACUCAAGGGAGAACCGGGUAAGUCCAGAUCUUCAUAUAUAUAUAUAUAUAUAUAUAUAUAAGUGAAGAUGAAGAGUCGAGCAUCUGAACACUUUGUUUAUUGUCCUGAGCUUUCAGACUUGUACAGGAGUCCAUCGUCAGAGAACAGAACAAGCGACAGUGUUAAGGCAUGUAGACCAAUCAUAGCCUGACGCGCAAAACUGGAGGUGACUACGCAGGGCUCCGUACGCCGGCGUCAGAUCGAUAAAUCGAUUGACCGAGUUCUCAUUCUAGGCAGAGGCUUCAAUCAAUUCUCGGCCUGUCUUGUUUCGGGCGUGGGCCAUAAUUUUAGUGGCUGCGAUUUUACACGCAUGACCCAUUUCGUAGGUGUGAGCGGCCACUUGUGAUAAUGCGCCGCCUCGUCGCACAGCCAGCUUAUGUUCAUGUAUGCACGAUCCGAUCAUGCGUCCAGUCUGUCCUGUGUAGUUACAAGGACAAUUUUGACACAGAAUGCGAUACACUACUUCAGAUUGCUCAUCAGGUUUUAUCCGGUCUUUAAUUUUCAUGACCCCAUUGCUUAUGGUGACUUUGGGGCGGUGUACAAUUCCAACACCUAGCUCUACAGCAAUGGCUCGGUCGCUUUUGGUGUACGGCAGAGAAUGCCAUACAUAUGUAUACUUUUAUUGUAAUGCCAAAUAUGCCAUACUGAAAAAUACUAAUAAGAUUUUCGGUCAGGUUUGGUCCUAUAGCACCACUGGCGGUAGGCAGACCGAAGGCUCCUGUAAUACGGGAAUGGUGGUAAUAGGGGUUUUGCUGGUGAGGCGAUAAGUCAGGCCAAAGCAAAGGCGGAAUGUAGAAAGGCGAAGUCAUGUUCGAGCAAGUGAAGGUGGUUUUAAGGGAUGUGAAAUUUGAAUGCGUAGUAUGAAAGGGUGUAGAUGGGACCGUUUGAGGAAUCCGCUGGUGUGUAUGGAGCGAAUAAAAAUGCAUCGGGAAGCUGUCAACCAAUGGGAAACGGGAGCGCAUUGCCAAUGUCACUCCGCAUAAUGUGCAAUGAUCCAGACAAGGGUGUAGAGCCAUUGACACACCACUCGCUGCAUUAGAAAGGGAAGUGACCGCAUGGUCAAUCGGAAGCUAGGUCAGCGUGCGCUCCGACUAGGCAAUCUCCUUAACAUACACAGCCCUGCCAAAUUGGGCAGGAAAUUAAACCUGUUCUGAAAUAGAAGCAAGAACGAGUUACACACCGUCUGGUAAGUGCCAUUAACGUGCACACGGCAGCCAAAAGCCGGAUUGGGAAGAAACGUAAACAUAUGCUGAGCGGGGCGGUUGACGUACAUAGCCUGGCCAUUCGCUGGAUGAGGAAGCAAAGAAAACGCAAGCAGAACUAGAAGCAAGCGCAUUCAAACUCUCCCCGAACUCGGACACUGAGAUCACACUUGCUUAGCCAAGCCAAUCGCUGGAUUAGGAAUAACAGAGAACGCAAACAGAAAUGGAAGCAAGCGCAUUCAUUAGACCGUUUCAGGAGUGCGCUCCCCCCCGAACUCGGGUCCUGACUUGAAAUAUGCUAUUUGAACGCAAUAUCGCCUACUCAAAACUAAUUCAGUAGGCUGUCCAUAUGACAUUCAUCAUGUGCGGCAGCGGGAUCAAACCUUAUUAAAUUUUCGUGCGGACACGAAUAUGUGCAGCCUGCUUCACCUGAGCUGUGGCGCAAGACCAUCUGUAAUACUGAAAGUAGCAUCUACGCCCCAAGACAUCUACAAUCUGUUUAGGAGAAAAGUGCGGCAAGGCAUAAAGAAGGAUUCAAGAAAAAUCCACCGACAAGCAUGCGAUCCAUACAUAUCCACAUUUUGAAAUCAAUCUAGAAACCAUAUGCGCAAGUAAAUAUGGGUAGACUCUAAUCUCUGAGUGAUUUUGCAGCAAAAUCUUUUGAGUAGGGAUUCUUUUAAUGUUUCAUCUAAGCUAUUCAACCCUUCUAUCGCCUGCUUUGGGGAAUCAGCUAAUUUUACGGCCAAUUGAGACAGAUCCUUUGGUCAAUAAUGAGACAGCCUUGUAGCAGGUAAUCUAAAUGAGUUCAAGGCGUUAACUUGAAGAGUCUAGUAAAUGGUAAAAUCAACACAGCUGCUUUAGAUUUUAAGUGCUGUAAACUUAGCCUUGGGAAGCGAAUUGCCCAAAACAGCCCUUUUGGAAACUAAGUGCGCUGAUACAUCUUUUUUGCCUCCGGUCACUAAGGCAAUGUCUUUUUUAAUUAACGCCAAGUAAGAAUGUUUUCCCUUUUUGCUUAUCGCAGACCUGUCCUCAUUCUGCAUCAAGAGGAGAGUCAAUUUGUAAAAUAUUCAAUUUUUAUGACAGCGCCCGUGUGCAUUACUUCCGCAUACAGCGGUAUUUCGUGACGAUCUUGUCCCGUUGUCCAUUAUUCGUCUAAAAGUUAUGCAAAAGGACCUUAAACAAUCAUCUCUGUUGAUUUUGCUUGAAAGCUUUCUCUGGGAUCUGGUUCGUCAUAAGAGUGACGAUCAAGCUGACGUUUUCAUGAUUUUUUGUGUACAGAAAAGUAAUUGGAACAACUCCAACAAUCGUAAUUACACCAGCCAGAGGGAAUCAGUUAUGUCGUCAUUUAUAUUAAAGUCCAUGGAUAAUCACACCGGCCAGUAGGUCCCAUGAACCAAAUAUGCAUAUGUGCUUGUCAGUAAUACUAUGUUAUGCACAUAUCUCAUGAAACAUAAACCUAAAUUCUGAGCUCUAAUUCUAGUCAGAAAGGAUUACUUAGGCAGGUUAUUAAUGCUGAGUAUCAUGCGCCAUCCUCCCUGGAUAUCUCGGUCAAACUAGGUGCCGGUUUCUGAAUGCUCGUCUUUCCUGCCAUUUGAAAAAGUGUUUAUAGCCAAAAAGGGACUGUUUAGAGGCCUGGAUUGGUUCCACAGAUUUUUCGGUUAUCCAUUUAGACCAGCCAAUCGGCCUGUUUAACGUUAGGUCUGAGAUUGCAUUGAGUGACACCAUGAUUUCCUUCAAGUUUCUUUAAGGCCCUGUAUCGAGAGGUUUUUAAGUUAGUUUACUCCCAUUCUGCAACUUUUCCUUCAUACUUACAGUAACUUUACCCACAUUUAUUCACGUUAGCAAACGCUAAACUCACGAACGUUUCGAUUUAAAACUUUAUGAACCUGUUUUCAAAUAGACGAUACUACAAUUUUUGACUUACCACACAAAGUUAUAUACAAAGGAUUUUCCGAACACGUCCAUAGUACUAUCUAAAGAAGAUUAUUUGAAAACAAAAAGACUGCUCAACUUCACUUCAGCCUAAAUUCUGCGUAUCUGUCACUUAGUCUAUCAGAAGUUCUAUUCGGUACUGGAUUAGAAAAGAGUGACCAGUCUCCCCAGAUGAAAUCUGUACCGUCUAUUUGUUCGAAUUGUCUGUACUAUCACUUAACUGUUCAUCCGAUUAUCUCCUUCCCCCAGGCUUCGAUGGAGUCCAAGGUCCCAAAGGCAUCCAGGGCCCAAGUCAGGCCGGCCCCCAGGGCUUCAAGGGCGAGCGUGGAAUCGAGGGAAUAAACGGUCGGCCUGGUAAGGCCAUCUUUUAAAUCAUUUUCACUUAAAUGUUUAAUAUCCGUCUACUUAUGCUGUACCAGUAGGUGUAUUUUAUUGAUUCAACAUACCGGGCUGCAUGGGAAGAAAAAUGUGUACAUCCGUUAGUGAUUCAUUAAAUGUCCAGUCGAACAACGAGCGAAAAUAAGAGUUAGGGCUAGGUGGCAUGUCAGGAGAAUUAUCAGCAAUCCUCGUCUGAGAGGAUAAAGUCUGAACCAAUAACCACCUUCACACGGUCUCCAAGUUGUUGAUUCACUCCUGCCCUAUUUGUGUUACAGACGUCUGGCGAUGUCAGAUUUUUGAGGAUGAUCCUGGGGCGAUAAUUACGAACGAAAAUAAAUUCAGUUACUCUCUCCCAAGGGCUGUUUUUAGGUGACCUUUCUGAAUACCCUUAGAUCACUUGGAGUAAACUUGACCCGAAUAUUCUUCCCCGUUGACUCUGAUAGAGCGCAUCUUGCAAAGCAGAUUGAGUCAUCAGAUUAAGAGUUCUUGAAAUAGUCUCAAGUUUCCGCAGAGAAUCAAUUGCCUGCCCUACUUAGUUACCAGUAAUCUUUCUGUGCACGCUUCUUUCAAAUACACAUUGUAUCCGACCUACUCGUAGGCAUGCCUGGUCUCAUUGGACAGAAGGGCGAACCGGGCCGUCUGGGACUUGAGGGCCUUCCUGGAGACAUGGGUCUUGAAGGUCUCCCUGGCGAUGACGGAGCAUGGGGCGCACCCGGACUUCCAGGCUUCUACGGCAGACCCGGCAUCAAGGGUCGUGUCGGCGAUCGCGGACCCAGUGGCCCUAUUGGUGAACCCGGCUACCCUGGCUUCGAUGGCGAGCGCGGAGACGUCGGUGAGCCUGGACGUCGCGGUUUGGACGGUUUGGAAGGUAAGUGUAACCGCACAGCUAAUGCCUUACCGGGCAGUUACCCUUUGCGUCCCAUGAGAACCGCGAACACUCGAGUAAAUGUGGCGACCCGACCGUCAAGGAUGAACACGUACAUCAUGUGACCCCACAGCAUGACGGACGCCGCACGGUACGUUGAGCGUAAAUUAGCUUAUGGUGAGAUUACAUAUAUGCACCAUUCGCUUGUUGCGGCAGGCGGUGUGUGUGCAGUCUGUGUCAAGUCAAAUUUUAGAUUGGAAGGAGAAGACGGAAGGCACCAGAAUGAGGGUUUUAUUGUACACAUAAUCCAGAGUUGUUCUCUCAGGCGGCAGUGGCCAUUGGCGAAGCCAGGGCUGGUGUUGACUGCGUCCAUUCAUGCCUGAGAGUCCCUGAGAUAGUGGUGGCAGCCGCUGUUAUAGGCUCGUGGGCCAAGCUCAUGUGGUGUCCAGUCAGUGUGUAUUGCAUUUACCGAGGGAUGGUGUCCCAGCGGCGAACUCUGUGCCGCCUACUUAACGCGUGUCGGGCACAAUGUAGCCUCCAAAACCUCUACAGUGGGGCUCAAACUGAAAAUACGACUGUGUGCAGGACAGAAUAAGUACUCACACUGGUCUUAGGCAUGACAUUGAUUUGUGGUUUGACGUAGGACUAUGUUUCCCCCACCAUUACAGGUGACCUUGUCUCCGACUCUAGAGGUGGGGGUUCACUUAAGUUGGAACACGCGAAUAAGGGUUAGGGUUUACACAUGGGAAUAGGAACCCCUUACAUCCAAUGUGAGGCCACCUAUAGUACGGGCGAGCCGAUCUUGCGAUCUCUGACUUGAUUUACUAGUAUCGGCUAAACAAGAUUAAUAAAUAUCACAUUCGUCUGUUCUUCUUCCAAAAUCAACCUUCCAAUCUAUCGUAGUUUAUUCUGUCUGCUAACUUAGCCCCUUAUUUAGUAAGUCACUAUGCUCAAAUCGUCCUGAGAGUUAUAAUUUAGGCCGACAAAGUCAAGGGAGACCGGAAUGGCCAUUUAAAGCUUAUUAGUCGUCGCCAGCCAACUCCGAAGUGUGCAACACCCGAACGCCCCCUACCAUUGUACAUUCCCGAUCGAAAUCGACAGGGCAACGAGCUCGUGGCCCAGUGGUUAGAGGCGCGGACUUCUAACUAACAGGUCGCGAGUUCGAGCCCCACAUGCUCCAAACUUCGGGGUCGGCAAUGACUGUCUGACGAUGGUUAUUAAGCCAGAAAUGGUCAUUCAACUCUCCCUUGUCUUUGUCGGUAAUAAAACUCUGCUUAUAUUAUGCGCUGCUGUGUGUCUGCUAGUUGGGCUCCAGGGGGAGUGCCCGUAAAGCACAACAGAACGAGUGAGUUCCGUAUGAACGAUCGGUGAACGCCCCUCUACUCGACCAGACCGAAGGAACUCUCUAUUAUGUAUUAUGUCCUGAUUCGCAAUUUCCCCCUCUUCCCCCCCCCCCCCAGAAAGACACACUCUUGGAACUACAUAUACCAACCAAGGCCCAAUAUUCUUUGAACUCCCCAUAUGUUUUGAAUUGAAGGAUCUGGUGGACGUAAGCGACCUAACAGGAUACGUACAAGCAUAUCAGUUGUGAUGGGCAUCGUCGUAGCUCGAGCCAAACUGUGUCAGACACGUGCGUAAUGUAGGCUUUGGAUCCUACUUAAAUCAGAAUAACUGGGAUAUCGCCAACAGUGGUUGUGAAGAAGGAGAAUCGGUGACUGUAACAGGAAUUACAUUCGUCUGAUUUAUGCUGAGCUCAUCCGUCUAGUGCAAACAUUAGGCUGCCUCUAGGGAUUGUCAGCCUGCGAUCCUUAGCUCGCUUGUUGGCGAUGUAUUAAACAACAUUAAGGGGUAGAAUCAGUGUGAAGAAACUUGUUCGCCUCUGAAAUCAUCCUCACAAAUUACUUGUGAAAAUAAGACAACCUGGUAUCGCUUGAAGAUCUCAGGGUGUCAUCGCCCGACGACGACUGCUGCUCAAAAUCAGUAUUUCAGUCUCCAAAUGUAUCCAACUUCAAAUUGCCUCACUGUCUUUCUCUCUUUCCGUCUGUCUUUCUCUCCCGAAGUUUCGGCCUAGCCCACGCCCUGUUCUCAGUUGCCUAGAUUGCGUAUAGUGUUUCAAGGUCGCAGUCUUUCUAAUACAACGUCCUCUUCGUCAUAUCUUUCAGGCUACCAAGGUCUGGAAGGCCCAAAAGGACCCAAGGGCAGGAAGGGAUCUUCUCUGCUGGGCUACUUCGGAUUACAAGGCAGCCCUGGUGACGUCGGCCGCAAAGGUGAACAAGGACACCCCGGAUUCGAAGGUCUGGUUCUAUUUCAGUCUCAGUUAUCCAUCGAAACCUUGCUUAAGCGCCAAUACUGCUAACGCCUCAUGGAGAACCGCGCCAUGAAGCAAUGUAGUCAUUUAGAAAGUGCUGGUGCAUAUUUUUUGCCUUUGGUUUCUGCACGUCCCAAGUAGUUCUUUAGUCAGUCUCCACAGCCCUUCGCAAUCUGUUAGUGUUCCCUUCGUCGCUUUACGUCGUGGUAACAGAUGAAGAGGGACUGCGACGUCUGGGUAGAUCGAUGUGUUCCUUCAACACCGCCAACCCUUGCUCCCCCCCCCCCCCCAUUGACAAGGCUAAAUGCGAUUGGACAGCUCCGCCAAGAGCUUCUUUCCGUAGCGAUCCUCAUUGGUUAUUGCAGAAUAAGAUAAAAGAUAAGCAAGGCUGUAUUAAAAACUAAACACUGAAACAGCUUUUUAUGUACUCCGAGGCCUACGAUUCCGCAGACAGAGGUCGAAGGUACAUAUGCCUUGGCAACCGGGAUCCAGUUCAAGGAGAUGCCCACAUGUCCUUAUUUUGAAAGGCCGGAUCUAGAAACUUGAAAUUCCUAUCCGAUGUCUAUUGGCUGUUAAGUCGAAAAAGAAGACAGUGUUCGUUGAAAUAUGUGUAUUUUUACUGUCUGGUGUUUCAAAAAAGAAGUAUCGCGAUCCGCUUCUCGGGAUGCUAUCGUGUCCUAUUUUCAUCUCGCUUUAGAACUCGUGUUAUCUGGUUUGAUGCUCGGUUAAGCUACUGCGGCAUCUUAAGCCAUAAGUAGCCACGGGGGCCCUCAAGCCUUGUUCAGAGGAGGUAGGGGAAAGAUUGUACCCCAGUAGGAAGAACAUUGAAUUCCGUACUGGAUGAACGGGGAAUAGGUUGGAGCGAGUUUUCAGCCAAAAGAGGUCAAGGGUUCAGCUCUGGUGGAGUAGGCGCCCGAGCGCCUCCGGGGAGGACAUGUUUGCAUCGGUCUUCAUGCUGUUGGGGCGUUCUGAAUGGCUGUGGCUGACUGGGAACCAAAUGCGGAAGGCGGUGUUACAGAAGGCCCCAAAAGUAGAAUUAUAAGAUGCCAAUGCCUCUCCACCCCUUAGGGGGAGCAUUUGUGUAUCCUGGACACAUGCGCCCCCUGUCACACGUGAAGACUUGUCCUCCGACACCGCGUGUUUAGAAGCCGAUGGACUGUACCUUGAGACCGCAUGCUCUUUAAGCGGCACGCUCGUCCGUUGGAGCUUUUAAUUUAAUGCGCGAUUGUCAGCAGUCCGGGUUUGGAUCUUAGGUUAUCAAGACCUUAGAUGGGAUACGGCUAGUUACUGAUGGCUAAUAAGUCAGAAACGGUGGUUCCUUUCUCACUCGCCCUAACUGCCAUCCUUUUAACUGGUAUUGUCUGUUAAAAUGGGGCCUGUCGAAUGUUGUGUGGUCGACAAGAUAAAGAUUCCUAAUCAAAAGUCAGGGAAGACGGUUUGAGUAGGACAACCUUUACGGCCUGAGGAAGUGCGUACACAAGGGCUCUGUAGGCAGUCGCCGCGAGCGCGCUCCAAGCAAAUUGUUGUCUGUGCCCGCCUUUGAGGUGUUGUCAGCGCGUGCGUGCGCCCUUCGUUGUCUCCACGUCGCCAGCCAAUCAGAGUGGGGACAGCGUUGAUUGGCUUCGAGCACUCGCGCGUCCCAGCAGCGUAUCGACACGGAGUGUGAGGCGGACAGGACGGCAGCGUGACAAAGGCGGAGGGCGAGGAGACGCGAACUGCCACAGGCCUCCUGUAAAGGAUCCCUAGAGAGGUCCGUGUCUCCCUUUGUGAUCAAGUCGUUGAAGCGCCACUCCCGUGUGAAAGGGAAUAUUAUUAUCUGUCCAGAUGUAGUCUACCAAGGAACUAAAUCUGAACGAAACACAUUAUCUUAACGACUGUCGAAACAAGUGGUGAAUUUCCGACGGACAUGUCUGUUUUUAAGGUCUAUUGAAAGAUCCACUCAAAGUGGUCUGCAAGUAUCUUUAAUAUUUGGCAGUAUGAUCUGAUAUCUUCGUUAUACCAAAAUACAAAUGCGUCCUCCCUCUCUGUCUUCCAAUCAGGACUGUGGUUGAAGAGCGCAUAUAGACUUUUGGAAUCCUGCUAACACUUUAUUCUUUCUGCGCUUAUGAAAUCCUUACUCCAUAAUAGUUUCCACGAUUUAUUCCCCGGUUGACCGUUCCGCCAGUUUCCUGAAUAUCAACACUUUCAGAUCUUACCCCUUCGAUCUUGCAAUGACCUAUAGACGCCUUACGAGGACCAGUACUCCGCAACAAGAAAGUUGUUCACUCCUAGAACCAGGGGAAUUCAGGGAAGGACACUUCUUUGGGAUAUUCAAGUGAAACAACUGGUCGACUGAUAGUCUACCGCGCAGCCCACAGUUGAUCUUUCCGUGUGUUGGGGUUUAACUAGCGGAUGACUCAACCUAUCCCAGAUGAUCUUUGCCAGCCGUCGGGAGUCUCGGUACUUCGACUAAAUGUGGCCGCCGCAAAGUUGCAAGCUCGCAUGUGUUGACAAACGUGCGAUAUUUCUGCAGCCCUUGCGAAUCACGCUGACAUUCUGGAGACACCGUGAGUGGGAGUCGAUUGUGUUUGUGGAAGAACGAUCAAUGGACUCCACUGCGCGAUAAUCUGUCAGCAAUUUAAGGGCCCCUGAUUCGAAUUUCAUCCGCUACUUGUUUCAAAACACAAUUUACCGUAGUAGUUUUAAUGUCUUUCGAUCAGCGUGUCUUUUCACAAAUAAUGAUGUAGUUCGGCCAUUUUCGUGUGACUUUACAUACAGUGCGUGACCUAUCUCAUGAAAUGUUGGCUGAAAUUCUGAAAUGCGUUUAUGAUUAGGAAGGAUUACUUGGUCGCGGUUGCGAUACUGAUUAUCUUAAGGCAUACUCUUAUGACAUUUUGGACUUGGCAGGAUGUCGGCUUUUAAAUGCACUCCUUUUCAAUCUCCUGUAGGAAGCGUGCUCGGUAAAAAAUGACUACUUAUGUAGCAUGCAUUUUUCCCAUUGAUUUUCGAUGGUCUUGGAAAUUCAAAUAUAUUUUAUAGAAACCACAAACAAAAAUAUGCUUUCUUUUAGGCAAUCAAUAGGGACUCACAUCUUCUUUAUAUUUUAUACUUAAGGAAGGAGUAUAAUUAGGUUUUUAAAAAGUUUCUAAUUAUGAGACUUUCUAAGACCGCGAUAUGUGCAUUCACAUAGCAUCGUACCUGGCCGUUUACCACUGCUCCUCAUGAAAUGUACAACAUGGUCCGCAUCCAUUGCAAAAUUUUAUGGACCCUGUAUGAUAUCUCUUUAAUGACAUAGAAAAAUAUGGGAUUUUCUUUACGCGGAACGCAUGCACCUUGUAGAGUGUAAUCACUAAGCGCUAAUGCAACGAAUGAUCAGGCUCCAAAUUAUUCGGCAAUUAGAAAACUUUUUUUAAAACCUAAUUAUACUCCUUCCUUAAGUAUAAAAUAUAAAGAAGACGUGAUUCUCUACUGAUUGACUAAAAGAAAGUAUAUUUUUGUUUGUGGUUUCUAUAAAAUAUAUUUGAAUUUCCAAGACCAUCGAAAAUCAAUGGGAAAAAUGCAUGCUAAUUAAGUAGUCAUUUUUUACCGAGCACGCUUUCUACAGGAGAUUGAAAAGAAGCGCAUUUAAAAGCCGACAUCCUGCCAAGUCCAAAAUGUUAUAACAGUAUGCCACAAAGUAAGCAGUAUCACGACCGCGACCAAGUAAUCCUUCCUAAUCGAAAACGCAUUUCAGAACUUCAGUCAACAUUUCAUGAGAUAGGUCACGCACUGUACUCGUGAUCACAGCCAAUUAGACAUGCGCUCGUGGUAGAUCGUUCAGCACUCCUUACAUUUUUCUUUCACAUCCGUAGCAACCACCUGCUGCGUUCAGAAGUUAAAUACUUCAUCGAAUAUAUGUAUAUACAUAUGCAUCUUUCAUUUCCACGACUGAAGUCAACCAUGUAUUUAUAUGCAUUGCUUAUGUAUGUAUAAAUAUUAAUUGUAAAGGUCUGCCGGGCUUUGAGGGACUCCCGGGUGAUAAGGGAGUCAAGGGCUACCGUGGCAUUCGUGUCGGUGACCGCGGUCCACCAGGUGAUGCGGGCUCAAUGGGUCCGCCUGGAGAUGAGGGUCCCAAGGGCGAAGCUGGCCCGAGGGGCUACCGUGGUCCGGACGGGCUCAAUGGUUCCAUCGGAUACGCAGACGGUGGCUACCUCUUUGCUGUGCAUUCACAGAGAGACUCGCCACCGACAUGUCCUGAAUUUACCUACGAACUCUACACGGGCUACAGCUUGGUCACCUUGCAGGGUAACGAGAACUCUAUGACCAUGGACCUGGGUAAGUGACAAACAAAUGAGCCGAUCGUAAGGUCUUGGGUUACUGGAUUCUAUUCCAUGAAGAGACACAUACGAAUGACCAUUUGCAUAUACAAAUGUUUAGAAGUUGGUGAAGUUUCCUUUGGAACUAAAUAACUUUUAUUUCGUACAUUUUCUAAACUGUUUCCCCUCCCGGUCUGCAGACGAUUGGGCAGUGAACAAGAAAACAGGUGACAUCGGUGUUUUCACUCUUUUUUGUGUAAUUCCACUUGUCUACUGUUGGAAUAUGAGUAGACACGUUUUGGCUUCAUUUAAUUUGCUUGUGCUACUUCUACUUUCACUUGCGUAUGUUGGGGUAUUUCAUUGUCAAUCGUUGUCCGGUAGCAUGCCCCAGCCAGCAAUAAAUACUACUGCAGUUAACUCUUACCUAUGUCCACAAUAUUUUGUGAUGGGUUGAAUAUCAUGCCAAUGGGCGUCCGCUAUAUGUAGUUGUCCUGUUGGGAUUGGUUUUGUCCGCAUCCACUUGUCACCAAGAAUCAUACAUGCGGCGCUUAAAUCACUAUGCCUAUCGACAUAUGCUUCGUCUGAGGGCAUAACUUCCAGCAACUCGCCGACCUUCUUUGUUGCACGGGCGAAAACGAUGAGGGUUUUCGCUCAUGCAAAUAUAUGUCCUGUGUCCAGUGCGUGCAUGGCUACCUUGGGUAAAUGGUCCCGUCUCUUCACUCCAGGCUGAAUGUCAUAUACAGAGAUAAACAGAGAUUUCCCGACUUAGUGGCAGCAGACUCCAUUCCAAUUGAUGCAGUUCAUUGAGUCCCUAGGCGCAGCGAGAUAAGCACGGCCUGUAACCUGAUCUUUGAACGCUCCUCUCCAAUAUGGUUCAUAAUCUCGAUCGUCAAAGACAUGACAGUGGUCUGGUGGUCCAGUGGUAUGGCGUCGAACUUAACACUCACCGACCCAAACCUUCAGCCUCAUAUGCCCAGUUAUCUAAACAUGAUUUUGGGUAGGAGUGGCUGACGAAAGUUGAUGGCCGUCUCAUUCUCCCGCGUCUUUGUCGAUAAUCUCUUCUUCAUGAUAAGUGGUCGCUAUCCAAGACGCAACAUAAUGAGUAGAUUCCGUCACCUGAUCGACGAACGGCCAUUCCACGAUAUAUGGUAAUCGUUCCUGCGGCUCAAUCUAGUCGCACAGCGAUUAGUAGUAUAUGCAAGUAGGAGGUUGCCGACAAAGACAUGGGAGACCGGGAUGCCCAUUUUAGGAUUAAAUGUCGCCAGCCAGGCCUACUCAACCAUAGUAAGUCGCACUCUCUGACCACUGACCCACGGUCCCACUGUCCUUUGGAAUGCGAAUGGACAUACUGUUUGCCGCAGGAAGGGACGUUCACCGACAGGGUCACGUGAUUUCCUCGUCUCGUUGUUCUUUGGGACUCAUUGUCGGAUCCUAGCAGGCAGUCGCGUAGCGAACUGGGGAGCUUUCACAAAGAAAACGGAGAUCUAAAUGGCUGUUUCUGGCUUGUUGGCCGUCAUCUGCCAGCCGCAUCCGAUCUGAGGUUUGAUGUAUCUAGGAUCUGAGCCUGUGAUCUUUGGUUAAUGAGUCUAUUGUUCUACAGUCGACGGACACCCUUCACGUGAUAAGUAAUAAACCUGAUCCUAACCCACAGGACAACUGCCUCGUGAUUCAUCGGUAGAGCGUUGGAUUCAAUAGACAAAGACCCCUGGUUCGAAUUCCAGGUGAUCCAGGCCUGGGUUUGAACAUGGCUGGAUAAUGGCGGCUAAUAAGCCAGGAGUUUCUGUUUCACUCUUGCUUUCCUUUGUGUGAAGUACCCUUCGCCAUAUGACGGUCUGCGGGGACUCUGUAUUGAACGCCAAUGAAUUACUGGAGGAGCAAGUUCCAUAACCCGGUCGGUGAACUCCCCUUCCCUCGAUAGCAUAUAUAUACAGACUGACGCACACGGCCGCCGCUAACUGGCUGAAGCACCAAAUGAAUGUUGAUUUCUCAGCACGUUUGAAUUGUUUAUUGUUUUUUGCAUAUUAACUCAAGUCUGGUGACGACCUAGGGAACCAGCAUCGACAAUUUACUUAAUGCAAUCUUCUACUUUUCCCAAAGGACGUAUUUGACAUCAAAUUAUAUUUCUUGAGAUGCCUGCGUUCCAGUAUAUAUGUAUGCGUUCGAGUAAGUGUGUGACUCUCACUCAUGCGGUUAGGAUCUCCCUCGAUCCCGUUCUGUCCGUCCGCCAGCUUGCUACUGGCGAAAACAAACGUUGUCCCAUAGGACACAUGCCACACAUAAUACGUAGGCAACUCUCUAAGAGCGCAACAGGCCAAACGCAAGCAGUUGUUUCACUGUCGUUACCGAUCAUCAGUACGUCACAGAUUUCACGAGAGAGAUCCUAGUCACAGCAGUUGGGGUCACACUCUUACGUGACAUGUUUGUAUAUCUCAUUUCACAAGGCUCAUGACGUACCGAUGACCAGAAACGACCAUAAAACAACUUUAUGCGCCUGGCCUCUUGCGCUCUCAGUGCACUGUUCACGUAUUAUAUAUAUAUAUAUGGUAAAGGUAUUAUACCGUACUCCCGACAUAGAUACUUGCUAAAAGCCCAGACACGUGUUUCGCCGAUAUUCUGCCGCUGCGUGACACAGCUGCGAGGGGUUCGGCUCUUCAGUGGGACCCCCAGCGUUCUCUAGCGGUUUCUGGUAUAUGAACUCCAGACAAUAAUCAGGUGAAUAAUUUCAGAAAUUAAUCAGCGCAAAACUUGGAGUUAAAUCUCCGGGACAUGACUUUUUAGGGUCAGAACCGAAAUUUCAAUGAACAUUUGAGUCAAAGACAAUCAACUACUGUGGAACAACCACGUAAUGCCCAUUCUACAAACAAGUAGUACUACGAGUAGUAGUUCAUUGAACUUUCGGUUUUGACCCUGAAAAGUCAGGUCCCAGAGAUUUAACUCCAAGUCCUGCACUGGUUAAUUUCUGAAAUUAUUCACCUGAAUAUAUAUAUAUAUAUAUAUUAUGAUAGUGGGCGCUCACCGAUCAGGUUACGGAACAUGCUCGUUCCGUUGUGCCUUGGGGCUCAUACUUAAACCUUUCCAACCUACCAACCUUUCCAACAUAUAUCACUAGUCGCUGUGCGACCGCCUGCGAGGGUUUAAGUAUGAGCCCCAAGGCACAACGGAACGAGCAUGUUCCGUAACCUGAUCGGUGAGCGCCCACUAUCAUAAUUAAUAUUCCCGAUCACAACCGACAGGACAACGGGCCCGUGGCUCAAUGGUAGAGCGUUCAACUCCAUGACCAAAGAUCCCGGGUUCGAAUCUCAAGUGAUCCACACUUGGGGUUGGGUAUGACUGGCUGAUGACGGCUAAUAAGCCAGAAAUGGCCAUUCCGGUCUCCCUUGUCUUUGUCGGUAUUACCUUUCCAACAUAUAUAUAUAUAUAUAUUUGGAAGAAAAAUUAGUUCUUCGGCAAAUUAAAUAAACUUUAUUUCGAAACUUUUCGACGUUGGUCCCCAAGUUGCACAAAAAUUAGCUUGGGAGAAAACGCGCAUUGCCGGCUCCUGCCCAUAUAAGUAAGACCAAGAAUUUCCAGAGGUAAUUCACUCUGAUGAUCCAACCAUUCUUCGACGCAUUGGUCUGGGCGCAAUGUACACAAAUCUCAAAGAAAAAUUGAAAAGGUAGUGGCCAAUUAUAAGGUGGGACGUCAGCCCAUUGCUCCAACCCAUCCUCAGCACUGACAAAGCGAUAUCGUUUUUGCGGGCAUGUUUAGUUUUCUGCUGUUUUUCACGUCUCCUACAUGUUUUGCGACAACCUGUGGAACAAACUUCGAAAAUUUACAUACUAAAGUUUGUUCAAAUCCCCAAAGAACUCAUUUUUCUUCAAAUUUUGUUUCUUGGGAUGCCCAUCUUCCAGUGCAUGUAUAUACGUAGAUAUUCAACAACAGGUGGCCCGAGAAAGUAGAGGAUAACGAGACCAAGUUCUUAUGGGGAACAGUAACAUUCAUUGUGCAAAUUAUCGAGCCAACAAAUCGUAAAAUAGUUCUCCAUUAGUGAGUCAGUGAUCUGAGGACCGAUAGCUUGCCUCAUGUCCCUGCAACCCAGUUUUUUUGAUCAUGACGGUCUGACGAUGGCAAAAAGGCCGAACGUGCCCAGCACAUUCACCAUCGCUAUUAUCAGUAGUUUUUCACUAUUUCUAACAUCUUUACCGUCUCCGGUUGUGAUUCGGUUCGCAGGCUCCUCCGGAUCCUGCAUGCGCACCUUCUCGCUGAUGCCUUUUGCCUCCUGUUUCGCACAGGCACCAUCAGGUGCCUGUCAGGCCAACAUGCGUAACGGUCGUUCCUACUGGUUGUCCACUCUGGAGCACUACAUGACGGAGCCACUGCCGGUGGAUAGGAUUCAGCGGUACAUUUCCAGGUAGGCGCUCUGGUCCUCCAGUCGGCAGCUGGACAGACCGUUCUCUCGCCCCCCCCCCAUGUUGUAUGCGCUACCUGCAAUUGUCCAUCACUGCCUUCUGCUAGAAGGCACGCUGCCGUGUUACCGGGCUAAAACACGCUCCCUUUUCGAUGCAGGUGUGUGGUGUGUGAGUCGCGAACAAAUCUGCUAGCCUUCCACUCGCAGCGGGCCGAUGGUGCAGGCGGUUGUCCGCAGGGAUGGGAUCACGCUUGGACGGGAUUCAGCAUGCCAAUGGUAAGCGCCCGCCCCCCACCGCCUCCCCCUGCCGACCUUGUCUUCAUAACACUAAAGGGGGAAGUAUACAACGUGGUUGAAAGUAAGCAACCUCAGGGAUCCGGUUCCUCUCCUUCUGUGAGGUAGAUAGCUACGCAGACUACGGAAGAUGGGCUAACUCAUGAAACGUCAACCGAACUUCCGAAAUGCGUUCUCGUUUCGAAAAGAUUAAUUAAGUAGGGUUGUAAAACUAACCACCAUGCAGUACACUUUUAUAAUGAUCCAGUUACCUCAGGAUGUCGGCUUUCGAAUGAAUUUAUUUCCGAUUGCAUGCAAGAACUAUGCUCUGCAAAAAAUGACUACUUAAGCAGCAUGCAAUUUUCUCAGUGGUUUUCGAUGCCCUCGAAAAUUCAAUUAUAUUUCAUGAAAAAAUGCAUUAAAAUAUUCAUUCUUUUACUUAUUCGGUAGAAAAUCACAUCUUUUCCCAAUUUUAUUUUCGAAAGAAGGGUAUAAAUCAGUUUCAAAAAAGUUUCUAAUUGUGAGAUUUUUUAAUACCGCGAAAUGGCCCUUCAUAAUACGUCAUGUAUCUGCAUUUAUGAACGUGGCUUGUAAUUUUGACGAUAUUGCUCAAAUCCACUGCUUAAUUUUAUGAAACCCAUAUGGUCUCGUCGUAAUAUCGUAAAUAAAUGUAUGGUUUUCCGUACACGGAAAAUAUACGGCUUAUAGUUUUGAAACCCUGAAUGCAAUUGUAACAGCAGGUCGGGUUCAAAACUAUUCGGUAAUUGGAAACGUUUUAAAAAACCGUAUUAUACCCUUCCUUCGAGUAUAACGUUGAAAGAAGAGGCAAUUUUCUACCGAAUGAGCAAAAGAUUGAAUAUUUUUGUGCAUGUUUUCCAUGAAAUAUAAUCGAAUUGUCAAGGGCAUCGAAAACCAAUGAUAAGAUUGCAUGCUACAUAAGUAGUCAUUUUUUGCGGAUGAUAGUUAUUACAUGCAGUCGGAAAUAAGUUCAUCCGAAAGCCGGUAUCCUGAGGUAACUGAAAUAUUAUAGAAUUAUGUUGCAGGCUGACUAGUUUUACAACCCUACUUAAUUAAUCUUUUCGACACGAGAAGGCAUUUCGAAAUUUCGGUUGACAUUUCAUGAGUUAGCCCACCUACUGUACGUCGAAGAUAUGGUACCCCGAAAUUUAUUCUUGUAGCGGCUCAAGAAAUGACCAUACUUGAAUUGUCACAAUAUUCAAGCCAAGUAGCAAUAAGUUGGUAGAUAACAGAAUGCGAGGUUUGUUGUAUUCAGAACCCGGCAGUGGCCGUUGGCGAGGCAAUGGAUUGUGGGGCCGGUGUUUAUUCACACCUGACUGUUGUUGGCAGCCAGAGAAAAGGCCACACAUGGGGGUGGUGUGAUGGCACGCCGAAUUGCAGGCACACACGCCUCCACAGCCACUUGUGCUCGAUCCAGCUCGAUUCCAUUUUCACAACGGUCUCAGGCAGGUAAGGCAGGAGAGAGUGCGUUAGACGUAGCCCAGGUCUACUAUCACCGUAAACUGAUUCACGCCCAAGUUACCGUCCCCACCCCCAUCCUGCUGUGGGGUACGCGGUGGACAUUGUCGGAAGUAACGGUCGAACUAUCAGAAUAAGAAGCGAUCGCUGGAACAAGGGCUUUAUUCGUCUGACGUUUCGGAUUCUCACUUGAAUCCAUCAUCAGAGACAGUGGCAGAAAAGGGUGACCCGUGCGCAGGAAGUUACGGUAUUUAUAGGAUGCAGUCGCUAUUCUACCGCAUACCUAUAGCAAUUAACUGCGUCCCCCCCUCCAAGGAUUGCUGCUCGCUGGUGCGCUAAUUGCUGGAUGGCCAGCAUGCAAGUUGUUAAUUGCCGAAAUUUCAUCACCCGUGUUGGAUGCUGGCGUGACGUUUGCUCGGCCAUCUAGCUCACCGGCUUACGCGCUCCCCGAGUGGUCAGUUGCUUUGGCCAGCCUACGCCUCAGCACGGAAUAUGGAGUGGGGAUGUCGAUGCACUUGUUGAUAGACUGAGGUCCCAUGAACCAUGACUCAAACAACUCGCGACUCACGCGAUUAUCACCUCUCGCGAGAAUUCCGGCCUCAUCGAACUUGAAUUUGUGGCCGGGUCUCGUCGAAUGGACCGCGAACUAGGUAUGCGGUUACAUGGCGGCUGCAUCCUAUAAAUACUGCAACUUCCUGUUCACGGGUCACCCUUUUCUGCCACUGUCUCUGAUGAUGGAUUCAAGUGAGAAUCCGAAACGUCAGGCGAAUAAAACCCUUGUUCCAGUGACCGCUUCCUCUUCUGGUCGAGCUAUCGUCUACUGGUCUGUGUUGCUUUGUUUGGGUGUCGGGGUGUCUCCGUAAUACACUGACGCUUAAGACUAUCGGAGUCCACCCGCUCUGCAGUUGCGCGUUCAGUAAGUCCGUGAUCAAGCGUAGGGGCUGUAAAGGACCUUGGCACGGAUAGGGAUUGAGGAAAGACGCCGGGUAUUGUCGGCUGCAAAUUAGGCCUUAGCCUGUCCUUCCUAGCCCUGCUGGGCUACUCCGUAUGAGCCGUCACUUUUCCCAGUUCAGUCAUGCUUAGACAGUCUUCUAAUUAAAUCCAAGCAUCUGGUUUAUUUCCUCCCGUGCGAUGAAGCGGAUUCGUUGUCCUUCUGUUGCUCGAUCAUGACCUCAUGGUGACAGCAAUUCGCCUGCUCAUUAAGGUUGACUAAAACGUCUAGCUUAGAAGGCUCCCAACUCACGGGAUAUCUCGAACCUCACAAUCAGCUCAGUGUGUGCUUAUGUGGAGUAGCGGACUGGGGGGUUGAGAUUCGGGCCGCAGGGGGCUCUUUCUUAACGUGGAACCCAUGGCAUUCACACCUAGUGAGAUCAAACCCGUCCCCCUUAUCUCUUAUUGUUAGAGAACACUGGUCCGCGUACGUUGUGGACCAGUGGGGGGUGUAGGGGUACGCCUAGGUGCAGGUUUUCGCCGCACCCUCUCCCGCCUCUGUGCUACUUGGUUUGGUCAGGACACCGGGUCCAUGUGGGGGACAGAUGCGACAGAUGCAGCGCAAGUCAUCUUGCGUGCUCUUACACGGUGGGCAUCGUCGGCAAAGACGGUCAAACAGUACAGGCAGGUUCGAGGAGAUCUCAUACAGGCCUAUCGGAUAUUGAGGAACCGGGAAUGUGCCCUAAACCCCGACGAUUUCUUCACCCUGGCCACAACAACAAACCUGCGUGGGAACUCUCUAAAACUUAGAGGAUCCCGAUGCCGCCUGGACGUUCGCAAAUACUGUUUUUCACAACGAGUCGUCGGUGCCUGGAACGAGCUUCCCGAGGACGUAAUAAUGGCGGAUACCACGGAGACGUUCAAGCAAAGACUCGAUGCAUAUUUGCUUGGACACUAUCGCUUGCCUGAAUAGAACAGCUCUGUGGUGCUUAACCAACGCCUUGCAUACCCAUACCGCUGAUGCGGAUGACCGUCAUUACAUUUUACUGAAAUCAUCUACAACUGAAUGUUCUAAAAUUUUGGUUCUACAUUUUCACGGAAAAUAUUAUGUUAAAUGUGUAUAUUACUGACAAUAUUUCAGUACCAUGUCUAUUUAUAGUGAGAUAUUGCAUGUACCGUUUACAAUAGGGUUUUCAAAGGCAUUGCCUAUUACUCUUAAAAUAUACUGACCUAUACUGACCUACUGACCUAUCUGCCUCGCCUAGAACACCAUUCGGUCUACAAAUACCGUAGAGUUAAUAUGCACCCAUUCCCUUCGUCCAACAUAGGUGGUGAGCGCAUCAAUUUCAGGCGGUGUCCAGCCACUGGAAUCGCCCGGAAGCUGUCUGAUGAACUUCCGUGCGUUGCCCUUCAUCGAAUGCAACAACAACGAGGGUCGUUGUUUCCACUGGCAGGAUGGCCGAUCCUACUGGCUGAAGGCGCUCUCAUCUGAGGACCAGUUUGUGAAACCCGUCGGCAGCACCUACAAGUCCGACCUUCUUCGUCACGUGAGUCGGUGCACCGUCUGCCGAAGAUCGAUGGAGGUGCUGGCGAAGUAG